CAUUUGGUAUGAAAUGCGACUCAAGGGAGACGCUAUAAUAUUACGUUCACAAUGAUACUUGCAACCCGACUGUCUGUUGUGGUAUAAGACUUUAAUUAAUGUUAUUUGAAUUAAUUGAAUAGUAUGAAUACAUGACUAUUACACUUGCGCCAAUAACAUUUAAUUUAAAAAUGUACCCUCCUAAAAACAAAGUGAGCACUGACACUACCGCAUCACGAUUUAGGAAAACAUUUCUCAAGUUCACUUCACCAUCAUCUGCAACGGUAGAAACAACAUCAUCUCCAUUGACUGGUUCUAAAUCGAUGCCAACCAAGGGAAAGAAAAUGGACGGAUCAGUUACUGUGGUGCCCGCAGGGGACAAUGAAGUAUGCGCUGCUAUUGAGCCAUCUGCCAUAUACGAAGAUGGCGACGAGUCAUCCACGAUAUCCAACAUGAAGGGAAGCGUUAUAGAUAUCAACAAGUAUGACAGCUUGGACAUUCAUGGGUGUACAACCACCACUGAUGAAUACGGCUCAGACUACUCACAUCCUAGGGUUGAAUCAGUUUCCCACAACAGUGGUAACUUCCUUCAAACGCUGAAGACACUGGUGGACAUAACGUCAGUAGCAAACGUAGAUGACUUGCAAUCGUUAUCCGGUUUUACAUCAGGUACGGAGUCGGAAGACGCAGACGAUUACUCGUUGGUGACUCCCAUAAAGGAGGCCACCUACACCAUAAUUCGUACAUCAUCUCAAUUUAUCAAGAACGUUUCAGAAGACAACAAGUACUUCAGUGGUAACAAGAAUAACCAGACAACUAUUAAGCAUGUAGACAGCCUAAAGCACGCUAUGGGAAGGACAACUUCAGACCAAUCAUUGGAGUCCAGUAACACGUGGAACUUCUCCGACGUGAGCAAGUGGCUAUGAAAUAUGAAUUAAUUU